UAGCAUGUUCCAAGUUCUGGGAGACCAGCGCGCCGAGUUCUUUGGGGCCAAUCAGUCAGCGAGGCACUCAGCGGAGCGUGAAUGCCAAUUGCCGAUAUCCACACAUUCAAUUAAUAAAAUCAACAGCAGGUCCGAUAGCUCCAGCUCCUUAUCGCAAUCCCCUGGACGACAGGACAUGUCAUUAGCCAGGCUGCACUUCAGUUCCAGCUCGAUUAUGGCCGGGAAAGGAGUGGAGAGCUGGUCGCGAUUGCUGCUCCUCUGGCUCUAUCGCGUUGCUCGUGGCUUGCUGGUGCUCUCCUCGAGCUUGGAUCGGGACAAGCUGCAGCUAAAGGCGCCCAAGCAGGGUAGCAGAAAUCGUUUCCUCAAUGUCCUGUGGCGCUGCAUUGUGGUUCUGACCUACGUGGGAGUGUGGCCAAUGUUUACCUCCAGUGUAAUUGGCAAACGCUUGGAGAGCUAUGCGGAUGUGUUUGCCUUGGCCCAGUCCAUAUCGCUGUUCAUUUUGGCAGUCAUAUCCUUUGUAAUCCAGGCGACGAGUGAGCAUCGCUUCCGAGAGGUGCUAAACAGAUACCUAUUGCUCUACCAAAGGAUAUGCCUGACCACGCGACUGCGGCACCUGUUCCCAACGAAAUUUGUGGUUUUCUUUUUGCUAAAGUUGUUCUUCACCCUGUGCGGCUGUUUCCACGAAUUAAUACCCCUGUUUGAAGCCACAUACUUCGAUGAUAUCGGUGAAAGGGUGGCCUUUGCUUUCAGCACCUACAUGUGGCUUGGAACGCUCUGUGUGCUCGAUGCCUGCUUCCUGGGAUUUUUAAUGUCCGGAAUCCUGUACGAACACAUGGCCGACAAUAUCACCGCCAUGCUGAAGCGGAUGGAACCCAUAGAGUCGCAGGAGGAAGGAUAUCGCAUGUCCAGGUAUCGCAGGAUGCAGCUUCUGUGCGAUUUUGCAGAUGAGCUGGACGAGUGCGCCGCCAUCUACAGUGAACUGUACCAGGUCACCAACUCUUUUCGCUGUAUUCUGCAAUGGCAGAUCCUUUUCUAUGUCUACCUAAACUUUAUAAACAUUUGCCUAAUGCUGUAUCAAUACAUUCUGCACCUACUGAACGACGACGAAGUGGCCUUUUUGUCCAUUGUCAUGGCCUUUGUCAAGUUGGCCAAUCUGGUACUGCUCAUUAUGUGUGCAGAUUAUACUGUAAGGCAGUCGGAAAUGCCAAAGCACUUGCCUUUGGAUAUCGUUUGCAGCGAUUUGGAUGAGCGAUGGGAUAAGAGCGUCGAAACCUUUCUCUGUCAGCUGCAAACACAACGACUGGAGAUCAAAGUGCUGGGAUUUUUCCAUCUCAAUAAUGAGUUUAUCCUGCUCAUUCUGUCUGCCAUAAUAUCGUACCUCUUUAUCCUUAUUCAGUUUGGCAUUACAGGUGGCUUUGAGGCAUCUGAAGACAUCAAAAAUCGUUUCGACUAAAAUACUUACACUUCUGUUUAACUUUGAGCGCGUAUCUGUAAUCUCUGUGCUAUGUCUGGUUGGAAAAUAUAGAUAUGUAAAGUA